AGUAUACAGUAUUUUGUAUCUCAAGUAGAACAGUCACUGAGUUAGGCCUUUGCUCUACAGCACAUCACUAUGACCUUGUGUGUAUUCUCUCUAAUGUCUGUGAACAGUGUAACACAUUUCAAACAGGAAAGAGUCACACAUGGGCAGAGCGGAAGUGUACUGUCAAAGUCUGGCUCAAUGUGAUAGGCAACAUCCUCUGUACAAAGAGACACAGUGGUUUAGAGCCUUGCAGUAAACUGCAAUCGACUUUCAAACAUUGAUGCUGAAAGGUUCUAUUACUUUUGACUGUAGACACAAAAAAUACAGGAUGGAGGAAAUGCUUCUGCGAGUGUGUGUAGUAGUGGUCAGCCUGCUGUACAUAAAGGACAACACUGUCUUUCAGGAGCAGGAGGAAAAGGUCAUCAUGGAAAUGCAAGAGCGGGAAUAUUUGCUGCAGAAGGAGGCGGCAAAGCUAGAGCAGGAAGUGCACCAGGUGACCACAGGGCUGCCACAUUCAAAUCGGGAAGUGUCACAAAGUCAUCGCAGAUUGACAAAUGGGGAAGGGGAGGAUUCAGAUGUUCAACACAUGCUGGCAAAUGGCAAAGUAGAGUAUGGAGUCAUAGUGGAUGAAAAUUUCCCCUCAGAAGAAAGGGUAGAGCCAGAAAUUGUAAGAGCCUCCCAGAAUGAAAUUAAGAAUGUUCAAGAGGAUGACGUGUCAGAGCACAAGAAGGAAGUUCCACAAAAUGAUCAGAAAAUGAAGACACUGAAUGAAGACCAAAUAAAAGAAGUUCAAGAUAAAUCACCUUUAAAUGGAGGAAUGUUCAACCAAAUGCCAUCUGAAGACGAUCCACAAAUGCCAGUUAAGAAAAACACAGAAGAGAUUACUGAGGAAAAACCCACUGCCUCAAGUCAACAGUCAACAGAGAACCCCUACAGCUGGUAUUUAUGGAAAUGUCUUUCCCUGAUAUCAUUGAUCCGCCUUCUCAGGAAAUUCAUUAGCAAAGGCUCACAAAGCUCAAGAACAAUAAUUCCCAUCAAAGACAAGACUACAUCUAGAUCUACUGGUAUAUUAUCAAAAAUAUUUAUUCCUGAUCACCAAGUAUUGAGUCGCUUUUAUGACCAGAGUGUCCGAAUCCCUCCUAGCACAUGUGGCCGAGUAUGCGAGUUUGUGGAGGGUUUUGUGGAUGAACUUUUGGAAGCUGCAAGGGAAGCUAGCAAUGAAGAAACUGACAUGCAGAUUGGGGACUUUAUUGGAGUCGGGAGCUUAUAUGAGCUUUGGGCUACAGGCAAGACAAUGGUGUGUGACUUGUAUGUACCCAUAACUGCACCAAGGUCACACGGAUUUGAUGUUGAACUUUGGAAGGAGAAAGAUGUUUCAUUGUUGGGUUUUGGCAAGAUCAAAAUGGUGAAGGCUGAAAAUACUUCAAAUGGUUGCCCUUGCAUGGAUGGGAACCCUGAUGAUGAGGAUGUGUUAUGUCUUCUUCAUCCCCAUAGUGAGACAAGCAAAGGUAUAAUGAAUGCUAUUGGAGGUCCACUCUGCCAUGAAAAUACACCAUAUCUUUCUAAAAAACAAGUAGCGAGAUGGUUCAGGACAAUGAUUGUAAAUGCAUGGAGAGAAAUCAGUCACAAGUAUGAAUUUGAGCUAGGAUUUCGCAGCCAGGUGGCUCCUGGGGCUUUGAGAGUUCGAUUCAGAUCAGGGCAAAUUGUUCUGUUCAAUAUUACACCUGUGGUCCAGGUCAAAGCUUCAAAAGUAUACUUAGUCUCUUAUCUUCCCACUAAUCAAAACAUCUCAGACAUUCACUGGCCCAUUUCCUUUGCUAGUUAUGAAAAUGCCCUCCUCCAAUACUUCAACAAAACUCUUCCAAACAAUUCAUGCCAUAUUGAGUGUCUCCAAAUCCUCUCUUUUCUACACAAACAGCAGAACAGUCUAACAGGGAAAUGUGGGCUUACAAGUCAUCACCUCAAGUCCACAUUGCUACAUCUGUUGAUGUACAAGCCCACAGAAUGGAACCGUGAGCAGCUAACUGGCAGACUGACUGAUAUGCUAACAUUUCUUGAGCAGAGACUUCAAGCAAAGGAAUUCCACCAUGCUUUAGUUGGGAAUUCUCUUGUUCCUAAGGACAUUGGGCUUCCUAAAGAAUUUCAAAUGGCAAAGCUAACCAAUAUCUUCCUGCCAAUGGCUUUGGAUGAAGAAUGUUACUUGAAAACUAUCCACCAUUUUCAGGAAUUAGUGAAAAAUGCUCCUUUAUUUACGCAGGAGUAUGGCUCAAUAAGGAGCUCAAAAUUACAGAGGAAAUAAGCAUUAAAAAAAUUCUCAAAUGUCUGUACCAAUCCAAGCAACCCUUGUUUCCAAUUUAAAGGAAAAUAUUUAUAAAGCUACAUUAAUCCAUGUGCAUGUCUGAGGUUAUGUGCUUGUUAAAGUUCUGACCAAUUAAGUAUUCUUUUCACCAAAGUACUGUAUAGCUGUAUGUUUCUUUAAACAAAUUAAAGAACAGUAAUUCCA